UUUAAUCCUUUUUUUUUUUUUUUUCAUUUACUUGGAAUCUGUCUUUAUCUUAUCUUAUCAUCAUCUGUGUAUAGUUACCUUUUUUUUUAUUGGUCCGAUUCAUAUUAUCUGAUCUGUUUUUGUGUGUAUAUGUGUGUUCUAAAUCGAGUAGUAGUAAUGAAACUAUUAGUACUGGAACUAGAGUUAUGAGUCUUCUUCUCCAACAAUUUUUUUUUUUUUUGAGGGUUUAUGUUCUGAUUUGUUGUGUUACUCAGGAAUCUUGAAUAGAUCCGUCAUGUUCUUGAUCUACCUUUUGGGUUCUUUCAAAAACUUUCAAGAAAUGGUCAAAACUAUUGGUUCAGUCUUGUUUUUGUUUUGGAUUUCUCUGAAACCAAGGAUCCAGUUUUUACUCUCUGGGUCGAAUGUUUGUGAUCUGUUUAUUGCUCCUGGCUAAAAGUAUCUAAAGUUUACACAUAUAUAUGAAAGUUUCUCUCUUUUUUGGUGUUUACUUGCUCUUAUGAUUGUGACGCAGAGAGGGUUGUUUUACUCUUAUUACAUGUUUUCAGUUUGAUCCCAACUGGCUUGUCUUACUCUCUCUUUUAGGUAAAGCUAAAAAGGAUUGUUUUUUUUGGACUGAAGAAAGUGGAUUCCUUGUGAAAACAGAAGAGAAGCAUGGGUACUCAUAUAGAUUUCGACAACUUAGGAGGUGAUUCUUCUGGUGGGAAUGGGUGUAAUACUUACCACUCAAAGCCAUUGGCGAGGCAGUCUUCGUUAUAUUCCUUAACGUUUGAUGAGCUUCAGAGCACCUUAGGUGAGCCAGGGAAAGAUUUUGGGUCAAUGAAUAUGGAUGAGCUACUGAAGAACAUAUGGACUGCUGAAGAAGCUCAAGCCUUUAUGACUACUACCCCAUAUUCGGUUGCAGCCUCGGGACCUAGUGGUUUCGUUCCAGGUGGGAAUGUUCUACAGAGACAAGGCUCGUUGACUUUGCCUAGAACGCUUAGUCAGAAGACUGUAGAUGAGGUCUGGAAACACUUGAAUUCGAAAGAUGGUAGUAAUGGGAAUAGUAGGACUGAUGUGCCUGAGAGGCAACAGACUUUAGGGGAAAUGACUUUAGAGGAUUUCUUGCACCGCGCUGGCGUUGUGAAAGAAGAUACUAACUCUACUCAACAGAAUGAAAACAGUAGUGGGUUUUAUGCUAACAAUGGUGCUGCUGGUUUGGGGUUUGGAUUUGGUCAGCCGAAUCAAAACAGCAUAUCUUUCAACGGCAACAAUGAUUCUAUGAUCUAUAAUCAAGCACCUGGUUUAGGACUCAAAGUGGGUGGAAAAGUGCAACAGCAGCAGAAACCACAUCAGCAGCAGCAGCACCCAUAUCAGAGAUUGCCUCCAACCAUUUUCCCAAAACAAGCGAAUGUAGCAUUUGCGCCUGUAAAUUUGGUCAACAGAGGUUUGUUUGACGCUGGUGUAGAUGGUCCAGUUAACAGUAAUAUGGGAGGAGCAGGGGUUACUGUUGCAGCUACUUCUCCCGGGACAAGCAGUGCAGAAAAUAACACUUGGUCAUCACCAGUUCCUUAUGUGUUUGGUCGAGGAAGAAGAAGCAAUACGGGCCUGGAGAAGGUUGUUGAGAGAAGGCAAAAGAGAAUGAUCAAGAAUCGUGAAUCAGCCGCUAGAUCAAGAGCUCGAAAGCAGGCUUAUACCUUGGAACUGGAAGCCGAGAUUGAAAGUCUCAAACAACUGAAUCAAGAUUUGCAGAAAAAACAGGCUGAAAUUAUGAAAUCCCAGAACAGCGAGGUAGAAAAGUCUUCCUUGUUACUUAGUGAAAGAAUUGUUGAAGCAGCCUCCAUGUCUGGCCAAAACACUAUGCUUGAGAAGAACCCUUACUGGUCCGUGGUAAGAAGGUGGAAUGAAAGCAAGAAGACCCUGGUAAUGUGAUACAACAUCACCCAAAAGGAAGACAUUUGAAGACUUAAUAUGUAAUAGAAGAUAGUUCUACUGUACAGGAGAGAUUACAGAAACUUACAAUGUAGAAAUCUUUUGAGCUGAAUCUAACUAAGAGUGCAGAGUAUGAGAGAGCUUUCAAUAUGAAUUCAUAAUUUUUAUAAAAUAUAUGUAAACUUUCAAUUCAGCU